AUAAAGCGAAGUGGGUUAUGUCUAGGAACUGAAGAGAUAAGAGAGUGGAAGAACGAUGUCUGCGACAACAACUCCAUAUCUCUCUCUUCCGAGUUUCAGACCAAGAUUCCAAAAUCGAGCUAACACCCACCAGUUAUCUCCACUCUCUUGGUCUGUUUCAAGGAGAAAAAUCCUGUCUCCUGUCAGACAACAAGCUCCUACUGCUCUUCUUCACCAGGAAAUAAAUCAAUUAUGGAGAUUGUCUGCAACACCAGAGGAGAUAGUUUCUUCUGAUACUUCUCCUUCAGAAGCUAUUGUGUCUGGUGGUGGUAGUCAAGAUGGUGUUGCUUUGAUUAUACAAGUGCUUCUCAUUGUCGCUUUUCUUGCUCUCAGUGUUCUCACCAUUGGUGUUGUUUACAUUGGAGUGACUGACUUUCUUGGGAAGAGGGAGAGAGAGAAUUUUGAGAAAGAAGAGGCAGCAAAGAAUUCUAAGAAAAGUAGCAAAAAGAAAGCAACGAGAGCCAAAGCUGGACCAAGGGGGUUCGGUCAGAAGAUUGAAGAUGAUGACAUUGACAUUGAUCUUGAAUGAUUAUUUUUGUUCCAUUGUUUGAGAGAGAGAGACAAGAUAGCUCUCUGUUUUUAAGACUCUGCGAUUGUCAUAUCUAUUAUACUUUUUUGCUUGACAAGCAAUUUGACCAAUAUAAACAAGAAAACUUGCAAACUCCAGAAAUGAAAUAGAAAAAUAGAGUUUGAUGAAACAAAUUACAUAGAUGGGCAGAGAAACUCUAAACUGAGAUUGUCCUAAAAGCAUAAACACUCUCUCUUCAACACAUUUGGCACUAUAACACGGCCAUUCUCGAAUAUGUGUGAAGGGAAACCCUAAAAUCCUCACCAUUUCACAACCCAUCUUUACACCAGUCUCUCCCUCUCUUUCACUCAUUCAGCCUAAGGAUGGAUGCUUGGUUCUAUG